GCCGCGGCUGUAUUUUGUUGAGAGAGAAAGAGAUUGAUAGAUAGAGAGAGAAUCUAGGGGAGGUGAAAUCUAUGGCGAAUAAGGUAGAUCAUGAGUAUGAUUAUUUGUUUAAGAUCGUUCUAAUUGGAGAUUCAGGAGUCGGAAAAUCCAACAUCCUUUCCAGAUUCACUAGAAACGAGUUCUGUUUGGAGUCCAAAUCCACAAUCGGCGUCGAGUUUGCCACCAGAACACUCGAGGUAGAAGGAAAAACGGUAAAGGCACAAAUAUGGGACACUGCAGGACAAGAAAGAUACCGAGCCAUCACAAGUGCUUAUUACAGAGGAGCAGUUGGAGCACUCUUAGUCUACGACAUAACAAAGAGUCAAACCUUUGACAAUCUACAGAGGUGGCUCCGUGAAUUGAGGGACCAUGCAGAUUCAAAUAUAGUAAUCAUGAUGGCUGGAAACAAAUCUGAUCUAAACCAUCUUAGAUCUGUUUCUGAGCAAGAUGGUCAAGAUCUGGCUGAAAAAGAAGGACUUUCAUUUCUAGAGACAUCUGCAUUAGAAGCACUUAAUAUUGAAAAGGCUUUUCAGACCAUCUUGGGUGAGAUUUAUCAUAUUGUUAGUAAGAAAGCUUUGGCUGCUCAGGAAGCAGCUUCGGCUUCUACUGUUCCUGGUCAAGGAACUACUAUUGAUGUUAAUGAUGCUUCGGGAAAUUCAAGGAGAGGUUGUUGUUCGUCGUAAUCUGCUAAGAUUUACACUUGCUGAAAUCUGUUUCCCCUCUUUUUUGAUUAUGGACUUAUAAAUGUGUAGAUUAGUUUCUUUGUUUUGGAUUUGAAGACUAUAAAGAGGGUUUAAGUUUAAAAUAUUGUUUGUGGUCAUCUUAUUGUGGAUGUGAAGGAUUCAUUUUGAGAUGUAUUAUUAGCACAAUGUUAAAUACCAGUCUAUUAUUGGUUUUGGGA